AUGCGUGAAUCGCGGACGGGGAGCGCAAGCGAUCGCUCAUCGUACCUGAGUUACUCGGUUACAGAGUCGAACCAUGAGAGUAAUAGCCGCAGGCGACCUUGGGCCUCGUUGCUCGUAGGGCAUCUCGCAAAGGUGAAUCACCUGCGGCAGCUCUUGCUGGCCGCCUCAAUCGUGCUGCUGAGCUUGCUUCUCGCCGGGUGCACGACCAACCUCGGCUCAGUCAAGGAGAUAUAUCUCCUUUCCUUCUCUUACCAAGAUGGCUCGCCGGUCAACUCGAGCAGCUCUGGUGCGCUGCCAUUCCUGUUCAAUGGCCGACCUAGCAACGCGUCCAGCGUACGUGAGGUCAGGAGCGGCUACUUUGGACUAUGCGCCACGGCAGACUCCGUCUCCUGGCUGUGCAAGUCGAGUGCUGCUGGCCUGGCAGGCGCCCUGAACGCGACCGGCCACGCCGAUCCUCUCAACUUGCUGUGGAUCGCCGACGAGUUUCGGAGGCAGGCUGUUACACCCAUAUUCACGUUCUUGGCCGCCAUCCUCACCUUCUUGGCCUUUACGAUGGGCAUGGUGUAUCCCGUGACAAUCAACGGCUCGGGCAACGCGGUGCUGCGCAUAGCCGUGAGGGGCAUCUCCCUCGCUUCCAAUCGAAGGGAGGCGCGCCUUGCAACCUGGCUCCCUGCCUCGGUCAAGAGGAAUGCUACGACGUUCUCGCUCUUCUUCAUGGUGCUCGCCACGGCCUCGGCGUUCACGGUCGCCACCUGGCAGCACCUCGCGGCCGCAUGCUACACGGGGUUAGCUGAGGACCUUGCUUUCGGUGCGAUAGUCGGUCACUCAGGCCCGGUUGCCGUCGCUCUGGCUUGGCUGAGCUUCGUCUGCGCUGUCCCAUGCGCGGUCCUGCUGAGUCUGGAGAAGGGCCUGCGCGCAAAGGCCGCCAAAGAGGAAGCUCCUUCGGUGGAGGCGACGGCGGGCGAGACUCAAUUCGGCGACGGCCUCGAGUCGCAGUUCGGCCAGGAGGCAACGCAACUCGAUCCAGACGAACAGCCGCCACUGAGGAACCCAGAGUCCUGGCAGCAGACGCCGAGCAUCCCGCUGUAUCACGUCCUUCAGUUCAUGGGAUAUGUACCGACCGGGAAACGGGGCGAGUGGGAGGCGCGACAACACAAUACCGCUGCUUGGGUCAAUCGGGGCGAGAUGCACCACGGCUUUGCGGAGACGAUAGUUGAAGACGAGGACCAGUGA